GAUGGCGUCGGCUCUGGAGCCACUGCUCUGUGGCUGCAUUUUUGGGCUUGUUGUUGUCUGUGUUUCGAACGCGUUCUGGCACCUUCCCCGCGUCCACUCGAUCCAAAAUCCCGGUUGCAGGAGCUUCUGAAGAAUACUACUCUGUAGGAUGAUGGUCAGCCUGCGUUGCUUUCUGGAGUAAGGGAUCUGUUCUGGACCGCUUGUUCCAGCUGCGCUAGGAGGUUCAAGACAGGCAGUACUUUCACACUUGCAUUUCCUUACUACAAAAGUGCUGCUACAAUUCUUUACAAAGAUGCUCCAUCUAAACGGAUAACACUAACCGUCAGGAUCGAGGAUUCUACCAGACUGACUGCUUUGAGACGGGCGGAUAAGACGACACCCAAGGCUCUUGCAACUCUACUUUCUCUUGGAGUAGUUGCUGUCUGUUGCAUUCUUUGCUUUGGUGUGGCAGCCCUUCAGAAGGAAGGGUCACUGGGUUAGAGGGAUCUGUUCUAGGGUGGGGGGGGCGGGGGGAUUUUGGGAGCCUAUGCUAUGGUGAUCGGCUCCCUCUCUAACAACUCCUGCUCAGGCACAGAGAGACUUACUACACCUCCCCGGGACAAAGCAUAGCCUCCUGGACGAAGAGAGAGGAGGAGGAGGACAACGACGAGGCAGCGCCAGGGCUGAGGCCACUGGGUGCUUCCUAACGGUUGUGAGAGUGUGUUGGGCCUUGGCCCAGCAGUGUUACAGCAGCCAUGGUGAAGCUGGCCAACCCGUUGUACACCACCUGGAUCUUGGAAGCCAUCAAGAAGGUAAAAAAGCAAAAGCAGCGCCCGUCCGAAGAGCGUAUCUGCAAUGCUGUGUCAAUGUCCCAUGGGCUUGACCGCAAGACGGUCCUGGAGCACCUUGAGCUCAGCGUUAAAGAUGGCUCCGUACUCAAGGUGUCCAAUAAGGGGCUCAACUCCUACAAGGACCCCGAUAACCCUGGACGCUUGGGGUUCACAAAACCUCGGGCGGGAGGCAGUUCCAGCACCUCCAGCUCGAGUAAAAAACCUGGUUUGGACUGGAACAAGCUCAUCAAGCGCUCUCUAGAGGGGCUUCACGAACCCGGCGGAUCAUCCCUGAAGAGCAUCGAACGCUUUCUGAAGUGCCAGGCAGAUGUUGCAGGUUAUCUGUCUGGCAGCGGCUCUAUGGGGCCGGGCCUUUUCCACCAGCAUCUCCGACUGUCUCUGAAGCGGGCCGCUUCUCGCGGACGGGUGGUAAAACAAGGGCCGCUCUUCCGGUUGGUAAGCAGGAGUUCUCAUAACGACGGGACGGGCUGCGUUUCUCUGGAUUCUCUGCCUCCGGUUCGUCUGCUGCCUCAUGAACAAGAUCGGCCUGUGGCAGAGCCCAUACCCAUUUGUAGUUUCUGUUUGGGGACCAAGGAACAGAACCGCGACAAGAAACCCGAAGAGCUCAUCUCCUGUGCAGACUGUGGGAACAGCGGGCACCCAUCCUGUCUGAAGUUCUCUCCAGAGCUCACAGCACGGGUCAAAGCUCUGUGGUGGCAGUGUAUCGAGUGCAAAACCUGCAGCAGCUGCCAGGACCAAGGGAAAAAUGCAGACAACAUGUUGUUCUGUGACUCCUGUGACCGAGGUUUCCACAUGGAGUGCUGUGACCCCCCACUGAUGCGAAUGCCAAAAGGUAUGUGGAUCUGUCAGAUCUGUCGGCCAAGAAAAAAGGGAAGAAAGCUCUUGCAUGAAAAAGCAGCUCAAAUCAAGCGGCGAUAUAAUGCACCACUUGGGCGACCGAAGGGCAGACCGGGCCGUCCCUUUAAGAAGCUUCGAGGUGGUGGGCGUGGCAGGAGGCGGGCCACUGGAGGCGUUGACCAAUGUUCACAAGGCUCCUCCUCCCCACACUCCUCCUCCAGUUCCUCAUGCGAAGGCUAUCCCGGCGACGAUCGCAUGCUGUUCUCUCUCAGAGAAGACCAUUCUGCGCAUGGCGGCCUGCGUUUCAACAAGAAAACAAAGGGUCUGAUCGACGCCCUCAGCAAGUUCUUCACGCCAUCCCCGGAGGGACGGAAAGCCCGAGCUGAAGUGGUGGACUAUUCCCAGCAAUAUCGUAUACGCAAGAAGAGCAACCGCAAGGGCGAGCAUGAUGACCCGACAGGAGACAAUCAGGAGUGUGGAGACAACUGGCGGGAGGACGAAGACAAACUGCCAGGACACGAGAACCUAACUGAGAAAGAUAUGGAGCUCUUUAGGCACAUUCAGGAUCUGGCACUACAGAAAGUCGGGGUGACUGGUCCACCGGAUCCCCAAAUGCGCUGCCCAUCUGUUAUAGAGUUUGGGAAGUAUGAAAUUCAGACGUGGUACUCUUCUCCAUACCCACAGGAGUACAGCAGUCAACCAAAGGUUGAAAACAUCUUUUCUACACUCCAGGUGGAUGGAAAUGUCAGCACAAUAUACUGUCAGAAUCUGUGCCUGCUAGCCAAGCUCUUCCUGGACCAUAAGACGCUGUAUUAUGACGUGGAGCCCUUCCUCUUCUAUGUGCUCACACAGAAUGACAGUAAGGGCUGCCAUCUCGUAGGAUACUUUUCAAAGGAGAAGCAUUGUCAACAAAAGUAUAACGUAUCCUGCAUUAUGAUUCUUCCACAAUACCAGCGCAAGGGCUAUGGGCGAUUCCUCAUUGACUUCAGUUACCUGCUGUCUAAGAGGGAAGGCCAGCCGGGUUCACCAGAGAAGCCAUUGUCAGACCUGGGCCGGCUUUCCUACAUGGCAUAUUGGCGUAGUGUGGUGCUGGAGUGCCUACAUGAGAUCAGCGAUCGACAGCUCACCAUCCGCAAACUCAGCAAAGUCACUGGCAUUUGUCCUCAAGAUAUCACAGCCACUCUGCUUAAUCUGAAUAUGCUGGAACAGAGAGGAGACCGAGUGAUUAUCCUGCGAAGAGAGAAACUGGUGGCCUCGCACAUGGCCCGACUUAAAGCCAAACCUCGGCUCCUUGAAGUUGAUCCAGACUGCUUGCGCUGGACGCCUGUUAUCGUCACCAACACAGUAGUAACUGAAGGAGAAGGGGAUGAAGAUGAGGAAGAGGAAGGAGGAGAGGAGGAACCUAAAGCUAUCAAACCCAGCCACAAGAGCUCCCCACUCUCUUGGCAUUUGAAAGGGGAACGGGAAAAGGAGGGAGAGAAAAAGAGCUUCCCAGCGUUCCCAAAAAAGCAAAGCUCUUCUCCAUCCUCUUCUGUUUGCAACAGUGUUCUCAGUCCUGAGCGUUCUCCCCUUUUUCUUACGGCUAAUGGGGAGCGCAGGGGACCUGGCCGCCCUCCCAAAAACUGGUUAUGGGGCAAGGUGAAGGAUGUACCACGUACAGGACCAGGUCGACCCCGUAAACUAAGGCCCCCGGAGGAGGAGGAGGAGGAUGAUGAUGAAGAAGAGGAGGAGGAGGAUGAUGAAGAGGAUGAAAGAACUGGCAUUAAUAAAGAGGAGGAGGAUGAUGAAGAGGAUGAAAGAACUGGCAUUAAUAAAGUGACAACAUCACCGAUGCUCUUGACUUUAGAAAAUGAGCCUGACUCCACAUCAGCCUGUCCCUUGGAGGCUUCUAGGCACCCCGCAGUUCCACAGUCACACAGCAGAGGGCGGCCUCCACGGAAAAAGCGUGGCCCAAAACGCAGGCUUAGUGAGGAGCCUGAAGAUGGCCUGCCAUCUUUGCCCCACACCACAAGGCUGAGUGAACCCUCGCCAGCCUUCAUCAGUGAGAGCAGUGAAGAUGAGGAUGAAGAUGAUGAGGAAGAGUUGAGUCGUUCACCACCUGUCCUCACCAAACCCACAUUAGGGCUUAAAUGCAAGUCUCAGAAGUCCUUGCGGAAGAGGCGUGUGCAUCAGCGCAGCCAUCCUCACAGCAGCGUCGUUACAGAGACCAUCUCGGAGACAACUGAAGUUCUGGAUGAGCCAUUUGUUGAUUCAGAUUCUGAAAGACCCAUGCCCAGGCUAGAAGAAGAAACUCCAUUUGUCAACCCUCUCCGACGCUACGCAGCAGCCCGCAAACACAUGGGACAUGCUCCAAAAAGCAUCAACAGAGGCAAUCUGACUGAAUCGGAGGAAGACGAUCCCACUCCUGUGCUGAAGCCAGUUGCUGUCCUGAGAAAACCUGAACCUUCAGAGGCCACACAGAGAACAGGGGCAACAGCUGAGAUGCCUGAGGUUCCAGUAAAAAGAAAGAAAGGCUGGCCUAAGGGCAAGAGUCGCAAGCCACUCCACUGGAAGAAGCGUCCAGGCAGAAAGCCUGGUAGUGGAGCCGGUCAGACAGCUGACACCAGUCUAGCAGAUCCAUCCUCAGAGGACCCACCACCUCCAAAGAUCAAAAUGAAGCCUGGCCGGAAACCUCGCAGCUAUUACCUGCAGCGUGCACAAGAGGAAGCAUCCAGACAGGAGUUUGAGCGAAGCCAAUUAGCUCAAGAGCAGCUAGACAAUUCAACACUGGAGGACAAAACCUGUAAAAGGACAGCCAGAGCCUUAAGCCCUGAGAAACAGAAAGACUCAGAAGAGGAGGACGAUCUCCUUCAGGACUUCAGAGAGCCAUCCAAACCCAAAAGGCGAGGUCGGCCUCCAAAAAAUGGCAACCUCCCUCCCCCUGUACCCAAACCACCUCCUGUGUCUGAGCCAGAAGACGAAGAUGAGGAGGAGGAAGACCAACCAUGGUCAGUUGAGAAGAUCAGCCGUCCUCCUUCUCGUACCAUGUCGCAGUCUUCCAGCACCAGAGUUUCUCAGCCGAGAGCUGAUGCAGAGGAAGAUGAAGAGCGGGAUGAUGAAGAUUGCGAUAACGGGGUUAAUCGGAGACCAGCAGCAACACCAGGCUCAGGAAGCCGGCGCAGCGACGAUCACGACGCCGACGACGAAGGGGAUGGUCGUCUCGAAGAGAAAAGUGACAGCAGCAGUAGCAGUAAAAGAAGAAAGGGCCAAGACUCUGAGGAUGAUGUUGAGGAGCAAGAAGACGAAGAGGAACCAUCAUCACCUGCUCGCUCUCCCCCCGUGAAAGAAGAACCCCAGAGCAGUGAGGGUUUUUUAGACAUACAGACAAACGUGGCAAGGGAUUACGUCAGCAAACAGGAAGAAGUUGAAGGCGAGGAGGAGGAUGCAGAGGAAGUACAGGAGGUGAAGACGAGCUCUGCUGAUACGGAUGAACGCCGCCGACGAGAGCAGGAGGAAUCUGCGGCAGCCGCGGCGGCUGUAGAGACUGUAACCGCAAUCGUGGUGCCUUCUGAGCCGCUGGAAAUGCAUCCAUUACACGUUGAGGAUAAGACCGCGCACAUGAUAGAGGCUGAGCAUUCACACCAGCAUCCCGACUUCAAAGAUGACUUGAGUCACCAGCAACACGCGAAUCACCACAGCAGCGAGCUGGAUCUGGAAACCGUGCAAGCUGUACAGUCUCUCACGCAAGGCGAGGCCCAAGAGGAGGAUGCAGAGUCUCACGGAGCUUACCAGGAUUGUGAAGAGACGCUAGCUGCCUGCCGAACUCUGCAGAGCUACAGCCACGGUGAGGGUGAUGAGGAAACGCUAGCUCUGGUGGAGGAUUGCGGAGCCUCCCAGCACAGUCCCAUGCCUAACCCACCCAUGCCUACGUUACCAAACCAGUCUGUCCGUUCAGUCAGCAGCCCUGGGGUGACUCCUGGUCCUAUGGAUCCCGGAUCGGGAGUGCCUGGUCCUACAGCAACUGGAGGGGGAGCAAGUGGAGCGUAUACCCAAAUAACCCCAGAGCAUCCCAGCUCUCUAUCCGCUCCCUCAUUGCAAAACCUAGAGACCUCUCCUAUGAUGGACGUGCCAUCUGUUUCCGACCAUUCCCAACAAGUGGUAGACAGUGGAUUUAGUGAUUUGGGCAGCAUUGAAAGCACUACGGAAAACUACGACAAUCCGAGCAGCUACGAUUCAACGAUGGGCGGCAACGGAGGAGGGAAUGGAAGUAACGGAGGUGGCAUGUCCGCAGCGGCGGUAGCGUCCUCCUCGUCUUCGUCCUCAAGUUCAACCACACCUUCGUCGUCUUCGCAAGGCAGCAGCUGCUCCUUCAUCUCCACGUCCUCCAGCACAGGAGUCGGCUCUCAGAUCGCCAUGGGCAGCUGUAGCCUUAUCCAGCAAGCUGGUCCUGGACAAAACGGCGGAAACGGUGCACCACAACCUCCUCCUCCGCCUCCGCCUUCCUCUAGCACUCCGAGUUGCGGAAUAAAAUCUCCACAAGGCUGCGUCAUUGAAAGACCGCCAAGUGCCAGCCAGCAGCAGCAACAGAAAAAAGUCUCACAACCGACUCAACAACAACAGCAGCAGCAAAACCCUCAACCGCAGCCUCCUCCUCAACCGCCUCCUCCUCAACAGCAAUCGCUCUCGCAGUGCAGUAUGGGAAACGGCUUCGCUUCCACACCCAUGAUCAUGGAGAUUCCCGAGAGCGCUGGCAGCGCCGGAGGAGGCCGGAGUUUGUAUGACCGCAUGGGACAAGACUUCGGCGCCGGCGGUUACAGUCAACACUCUGCUUCUUUCAGUUUAGCCAAACUCCAGCAGCUAACCAACACCAUCAUGGACCCCCAUGCAAUGUCUUAUUCGCAUUCGGCUGCGGUCACCUCAUACGCGACGAGCGUUUCGUUAUCCAACCCAGGCUUGGCGCAGCUCGCUUCUUCUCCACACCCGCCUUUGCCCCAAGCCCAGCCCACUAUGACUCCACCUCCAAAGUUGAGUUCUGGCUCCAUGAAUCUCGGUUCCCCUUUGAUCCAGUGCAACAUGACAGGCGCCAACAUUGGAUUGCCUCCUCCUCCGCACACGCAGCGUUUGCAAGGCCAGAUGGCCGCAGUCAAAGGCCACAUUUCAAUCCGCUCCAAAGCCUCUCAGAUUCCUACAGGCUCCCCGCACCAGCAGCAAUUGUACAGCCGCAGCUCUGGCGCUGUGACCAUGCAAGGCUCUCCGCGAACUUUAGCGGUGCAACGUGGCAUGAUGACGAACCUCAUGCCAACCCCUGCCGCUUACAACUCCAUGAACAUGAAUCCGCUCAAUGCUGCCAUGUCUGCAGGCUACCGAAUGCCACAGCCCAUGAUGAACAGCGGGUACCACAGUAACCCACCUUACAUGAACCAGCCAGCCCAGUACCCCAUGCAAAUGCAAAUGGGCAUGAUGGGAGGCCAGGCUUAUCCGCAGCAGCCUAUGCAGCCCAAUCAUCAUGGCAACAUGAUGUACACGGGCCCCUCGCACCACAGCUACGCUGGCGUCCCCAAGCAGUCUCCAUACAUGAGCAGAUGAGCGGCAGAGAACGAGCAGAGAGAGAGACGUUCCCCACCGGACUCUGCAUCGCUGUACUUUAUCCAUUUGUAUCCACCACCCUCCAAAGUCUGGGCGAAAAAAGAUAAAGUGAGCUUGGUGGAGGAAGAGGACAUAGAGACUGCGACGAUUUCUUUUCCUUUCUAAAUGUGUUGUCGCCAAGCUCUGAUCCUUUUUAGGUUCAUUUCCCAAUUGCCCUGAGCUGGGGAGAUGAUCUAAUAGACCUUUAUUGUGGCAAGUGUCAUGCUCCCACAGACCCUGUGUGGUGGACCAACAGGGUUGGUUUCCACCGAAAUUCGAGACCGAAGGGGCGAAGCAUCAAAGCAGCUACAGGGGAAGUGGACCUAUUUUUUCAAACUGAGAAACAUGCAUUUAUGCUGUUAUUGAACAUGCAUCGAAUCAUGCACACAAUCGUUCAACUGACAUAGGAAGCCUUACCUAAAAAAAAAAAGAGACAAAAUAAUCGUAG